AUGAACUACCUCACUGCAGAAUUGCAGCUCGCACCUCCAUGGGACAUCCUAUAUGCUGAUGAAAUUGUCCUUAUCAGAAAAACGCCAGAUGAGAUGCAGCAAGCACUUGACAUGUGGCGAGCCAAACUGGAAGGAGCUGGCCUCAGAAUCAGUAGGGAGAAAACAGUUUACAUGCACUGUGGUUUUAGUGGCAAUGUCAGUCGGGCACCACACCUGCAAGGUACUCCUUUGGAGGUUGUUCAGCAAUGCAAGUAUUUGGGGUCGAUCAUCAGCAACGAUGGAAGCAUUGAUGCAGACAUUUCGAGCAGGAUUAAUACGGGUUGGAUGAAAUGGGAAGAGCUGACAGGAGUGCUUUUCGACAAUAGAAUGCCCAUACACUUUAAGGGCAAAGUGUAUAAAGCUGCAGUGCGUCCAGCAAUGAUAUAUGGUGCAGAGUGCUGGCCUCUGAAAAAGCAUCACGCAGAGAAACUUCAUACUGCUGAGAUGAGAAUGCUGAGAUGGGCCGGAGGAGUAAGUAGACUGGACCACAUUAAGAACAUUCAUGUACGUGGCAGUUUUAAAGUUGUGCCAAUUGCUGAAAAAAUAAUGGAAGGAAGACUGCGAUGGUAUGGCCAUGUAAAGAGACGCCCACCCGAAAACAUGACUAGAAAAGUGCUGGAGAUAGAGUGA